GUCAAUCCUGAAUGAUAAAUAUUCUUGUAUUUAUCCUGUAAUUGUUUAAAUUGUACAAAUUUUAUAAUUUAGAUAUGUUUUUAUAAAAAUUAAAAACUUUUGCCCAAUGUCUCAUUGUUUUAUGAAUAUUUGCAAACAAUACUAUAAACAAAAUUGUAAAUAAGUCAUUUUCAGUUAUGGAUUUUAAAAAUGAUAUUCAUAAAGCAGUCGAUUUAAAUAAGUCCUUUGAUGAACUGACGGAUGAGGAAAAAUGGAGGUUGGAACAUCAGAAAUUACAUGAACAACAUAAAGGGCAUGAUGCGAUGCAUGCAGAGAUGGUCCUUAUACUUUUUGUAACAUUAAUUGUUGCUCAAAUAUUAUUAGUACAAUGGAAACAAUGGCAUUAUCGAUCUUAUUCGUUGAUGACAAUGUUAGGAAUGUGGGUGAUUCCAUUAGUAAUUUGCUUGCGAAAUUACUGGUGGCGAUUUAUAUUUAUUUGGUUGUUAUUUUCGUGUAUAACUGGAUUAAUUGUAAGGAAAGCUAUGCAAAAACCGUUAAACGGUGUCACACCAAGACUGGUAUAUAAAUGGUUUUAUUUCUUAUAUAAACUAAGUUACGCACUUGGUUUAAUUGGUUAUGUGAUAAUAACUACAGCUUUCUUUGGUCUCAGUUUAGUUUUUAAUACUCCGCCACAGAUAUGGAUGGAUGUAGGAAUUUUAUUUGUAUUUUAUGGACUAUAUUAUGGUGUAUUAGGACGAGAUAUCGCUGAAAUAUGUGCAGAUAAAAUGGCGUCACAUAUAGGGUACUAUACUCCUCAGGGAAUGCCAACUCGAAACUUAGAUCCUAGUGUGUGUGCAGUAUGCGGUAAUAAAUUAUUAGUUAGUGAAAAUGAAGAAGGUAUUAUUGAAAAUACCUAUAAAUUAUCAUGUAAUCAUGUGUUUCACGAAUUUUGUAUACGCGGAUGGUGUAUAGUAGGUAAAAAAGAAACGUGUCCCUAUUGUAAGGAAAAAGUUGAUUUAAAGAAAAUGUUUUGUAAUCCUUGGGAAAAACCUCAUAUGUUGUAUGGACAGCUUUUGGAUUGGAUACGAUGGCUGCUAGCAUGGCAACCAUUAAUAUUAUUUUUAGUACAAGGAAUCAAUUGGGUGUUAGGACUUGAGUGAUAUAGUAUUAUGCAUUGUAAUAACAAAAAUUUGUUCCAAAAGUCAUUAAUUCUAAGUUAUUCGUUUUUAUCAAUAAAAUUUUUUUGUUAUUUUU